CUGGUGUUGGCAGCAUGAAGCUGAAUUUCAGUGGCCUGAGGGCCCUGGUGACAGGGGCAGGGAAAGGGAUUGGGCGUGACACUGUUAAAGCCCUGCAUGCCUCAGGAGCUAAAGUGGUGGCCGUGACACGUACCAACGCAGACCUGGUCAGCCUCGCCAAAGAGUGUCCGGGGAUAGAGCCUGUGUGCGUGGACCUGGGUGACUGGGAGGCCACAGAGAAGGCACUGGGUGGUAUUGGCCCUGUGGACCUGCUGGUGAACAACGCAGCAGUGGCACUGGCACAGCCUUUCCUGGAGGCCACCAAGGAGGCCUUUGACAGGUCCUUCAAUGUGAAUGUGCGCUCUGUGUUGCAAAUAUCCCAGAUGGUAGCCAAGGGUAUGAUUGACCGUGGAGUGGCAGGGUCCAUUGUCAAUGUCUCCAGCAUGGUGGCCUAUGUCACCUUCCCUGGCCUGACCAACUACUGCUCCACCAAGGGCGCAAUGACUAUGCUGACCAAAGCCAUGGCCAUGGAACUGGGGCCACACAAGAUCCGGGUAAACUCUGUAAACCCUACUGUGGUGCUGACUGAUAUGGGCAAGAAAGUCUCUGAAGAUCCUGAGUUUGCCAAGAAGCUCAAGGAGCGCCACCCACUGAGGAAGUUUGCAGAGGUGGAGGACGUUGUCAACAGUAUCCUCUUCCUGCUCAGCGACAGCAGUGCCUCUACCAGUGGCUCUGGCAUCAUGGUGGACGCUGGUUACCUGGCCUCCUAGACUGCCCAGAUGUGGUGCACCUCAGAGUGGCUUCCCUGGCUCCACCCUCGAGACAAAACUUCUACCGAUCUCACAACCUGCUCCCUAUGCCACAGCCCUGCCCUCAACACAAGAUCCCAGCUCCCAAUGUUAUUGUCUGAUUCCACAACUACUCCAUGCUCUGGACCUUGGGGUUCUUGUUCUCCUUAUUUGCUUUGCUGGUCUCAUUUUCCUAAAUAAAUGGGCUGCCAUGUU